AUGGCUUUCUUCCUGUCUUGGUUAUCUAGCUUGUUUGUCUCCGCUAUUUCGAGGAUAGCAUUAUCCGCAAGAUUUUAUUUCCCUUUUAUCACAUUAUUUUCAUCGCGGAGAAGGGAAGCGUCUCUCUCGCAAAAGGAUGUUUCUCUCGAGAAUGGCUUUUUUACAGCACCAGCCAUCGUUGAGAAACAUCAAGACUGGCAAGACUUGGACCGUUACCAGGAUGUUCUGGGGCAGCUACCAAUGCUUCAAGUUUAUGCCCACAUUCUCUAUCUUUUCCCACUGCCUGAGAAUGUCCGGCGUAAAGCAGUAUUGAGUGAUCUUUCGAGGGCAGUUGCUAGCGUUCGAAAGGCGGUGCCAUGGAUGGGAGCGAAAGUCAUCAACGAAGGCAGAUCGGAAACUAGCUCAGGUCUUUACAAAGUGACUGAAGACUUAGCCGGUGAUGAGACUUGUCCAUCAUACGAAGAACUCAAGAAACGUAAAGCUCCUAUUUCAUUAUUGGAUGCAAGGAAAUUCACGUCAGUACCUGGAUUUCCGAUACGAUUUGAAGAUUCUGAGAAGGAUCCUUCACGAGUACUCCGCCUGAAUGCCACCUUCAUCAAAGGCGGGCUGGUAAUCGAUUUCCUGAUUCACCAUAACACCGCUGAUGCGGGUGGGCAUUUCGGUUCCAUCAAAAUGAUCGCAAUGGCCAUGCGCGGAGAAAAAUUUCCUGCCAGGCUACUGGAACAAGCAAACCUGGACCGAAGAAACCUGUUUCCAUUGUUGGGCCCCCAUGAGCCAAUGAUGGACCAUAGCAGUCAUGUUAGAACACCAAUUACCUCCGCUGCGCCUCUAGUUACAUCUGAUCCAAAUUCCGCGAAGUACCAUGUGAUACGUUUCAGUGCAGAAAAACUCAAUAUGUUGAAAGAUAUAGCGAGCGAGAAUCUAGAUCGUGAUGUACCUUUCAUUUCUACUGAUGAUGCAUUAAGCGCCCACUGCUGGAAGCACUUUACCCUCGCGCGUGCGCAUAAGUUUGGACCUCAGACAAAGUCCCGCUUUGCUAGAGCAGUGGAUGGUCGCUCAGCAUUAGGUAUAUCGAAGGAUUACAUGGGCGACGUGAUUCAUAACGUUUCCACAUUCCUCACUUUCGAGCAACUGACUACCUGGCCUCUUUCGCGUAUUGCCUCGCAUUUACGAAGACAUCUGAAUGCCAAGAAUACAGCUUAUGACAUUCGAAGUUUUGCAACUUUUAUCGCCAAUACGCCUGACAAAUCCACAAUCACGUAUGGUGGGCAGUUCAAUCCAGAUACUGAUGUUGGCUGUUCCAGUGUACGCGGCUUGGGGAAGGUCUUAUUUCCCAGUUUUGGCAUCCUAGGCCAACCAGAGUUUGUUAGGAGGCCUAAGCCAGGAGUUGCAUUUCCAGGACUACUUGUAUUUUUCCCAGGCAGUCCAAGUGGCGAUUGUGAUGUGUGGGUGUGUCUUGCUGAGGAUGAGAUCAAGACACUAACGGAGAAUGAUAGGGAGUGGAGAAAAUGGGCCGAGUAUAUUGGUUAAUCUUACCUUAAUCUUGGUAGUUGAUUAUAUGUAUGUUUUGCUUAAUUCGACUAUAUCUAAUUCAUAUUGGUUUCUUCGGCGGGG